AGGAGGCUGUCAGGAUGGCGAAUUUCAAGGGUCACGCACUCCCAGGCAGCUUCUUCCUGCUCUUUGGGCUCUGGUGGUCGGUGAAAUACCCCCUGCAGUACCUCAGCCAGAGAGCCAACAAGAAAUCCCCCAGGAGUUCCAGUUUCCAGCGUGUGGAUGCCAUGGAAGGGGGGAUGAAAAUUGUCUUUGCUCUCAUAGGGAUGCUGGCGGAGCAGUUCGUGCCGGACGGGCCUCACCUGUACCUGUACAGCGGGGCCGGCCGGGACUGGGUGAAGCUGAUGAACUGGCAGCACACCACCAUGUACCUGUUCUACGGCAUCUCCGGCGUGGUGGACGUCCUCACCUUCGUCUCCCCGGCGGUGCCGCGGGGCCUGGAUCGCCUCAUGUUGUCGGUGGCCGUGUUUGUGGAAGGUUUUCUCUUCUAUUACCACGUCCUCCACCGGCCCGCCUUGGAUCAGCACAUCCACUCCCUGCUGCUCAUCACCAUCUUUGCUGGGGCCGCCAGCAUCCUGCUGGAGGUCUUCCUCAGGGACAACAUCGUCCUGGAGAUGUUCAGAGCUGGCAUCACCAUCGUCCAGGGAACGUGGUUCUGGCAGAUUGGAGUCGUGCUCUUCCAGCCCUGGGGGGGUCCAAUGUGGGAUGAAGAGGACCAUAACAACAUCAUGUUCCUCACCAUGUGCUUCUUCUGGCACUGGGCAGCUGCUGUGGCCAUCCUGGCUAUCAACUACACCCUCACUUGCUGGUGCCUCCAGAGGUUCAGGAGAUGCAGUGGAGAGCCCUACAUCAGCCUGGGGGUCCGGCAGCAGAAGGGUGACCCCAACUCCCAGACCACCUUCCUGAGCGGCUCCGAUGAGGAGUGAAGAGGCUGCAAAUUCUUCUCUAAAUACAUGGACAACCUGUUUUCUGGAAGAAAAAAAAAAAUCCUAAUGAAAUAUCUGUGUUUUGGAGGAGUGAGAGGAGCCACUGUUGUGAUGUGGGGGCAGCAGGUUGAGCCCCUGGGGGCAGGAGCCCUCCAUCUGUACCCAGGUAUUGCUGGCUGGGGGCCAAGCACCAUUUUAUGUGAUUUUCAACAGCAAAAAUGAGACAUGGAAAUUCGACAUGACAAGACUGCUUCAUCCCACGGGUUGCCAGGUGUGUUUCCAUAGGGAUGGAGGGCAUCCUUUGGCCAGCUGACUUUUUCCAAGAGCCUGGAGGCUUUGACCUGCUGUGAUUGAAGCCAAGGAAAGCUCCAGGCUGAGGUCAGGUGCCUCUGGAGCAAAGCACCACCCUGAGGAGGACGAGGAAAAGAGUGUGGAAUGCAAGAUUUUGGCAGUUUUUGCACCAGCAGGGCUUGAUUGUACACGAUACGAAUGUUAUCACCGAAGCUUUGAACUCAAGAGGGGUUUUGUUAAUCGCUUUCGUGAUCACUUAAAGGCUGAGAGAGUGAAUAAACGGGAAAUAAAAAAUCCUCACUGAGCUGAUAUCCUUAAAUUUGAGACUGAUAAAUUAUAGAGUGUGUAAUAGUAGCUUAGACAAAUCCAUCCCUCAGACCUGCAAAGCCUGG